AUGAAUUUCGCAGAGAGCGUCCCAAGAGGCCCUCCAUCAGAGAGCAAUUCUGUCCUGAGAAGCGUACAAGGUCUCAAGGUGCUGUUGCUAGAAGAUAUCGACAAAACAGGCAAAGACCUGCUAGCUUCUUACGGCUAUGCAAUCCAAGCUUUCGAACACGCUCUACCUGAGCACGAAGAUGUGCACGUUAUUGGCAUCAGGUCGCAGACCAUGCUGAAUGCGCGGGUUCUGCAAGGAGCGAGAAACUUGGUGGCAAUCGGGUGCUUCUGCAUCGAUACCAAUCAAGUAGAUCUAGAUUAUGCGACUCAAAGAAACAUUGCGGUUUUCAAUUCACCUUUCUCAAAUUCACGCAGCGUGGCCGAGCUCAUCAUUGGCGAGCUGGUUGCCUUGGCGCGCCAGCUAGGUGACCGCUCAGCAGAGAUGCACAAUGGCAUAUGGAACAAAACAAGUAAUGGUUCUGUGGAGAUCCGGGGCAAAAAGCUGGGCAUUAUUGGCUACGGUCACGUCGGUUCACAGGUAUCGGUGUUGGCGGAAGCCCUGGGGAUGAAAGUCAUAUACCAUGACAUUCGUCCGGUCAUGGGCGUUGGAAAUGCUCAACAGAUGAGUAGUCUCCAUCAGUUGCUCCGUCACUCUGAUUUUGUCACUCUUCACCUGCCUGAACAGUCACAGUACAUGGUGUCGUCCGCGCAGUUCAACUUGAUGAAGCCUGGUUCCUACAUACUCAAUGCAAGCCGGGGUAGUGUUGUCGAUAUUCCGGCCUUGAUCGCUGCAAUGAAAACCGGUCAAAUCCCCGGCGCAGCUCUAGAUGUCUACCCGAGCGAGCCAGGCACGAAUGGGUCAGGUUUUACUGUUGGAUCGAAUGACUGGAUAGAGGAAAUUCGUCAGCAGAAGAAUAUCAUCUUGAGGCCACAUAUCGGCGGAACUACCGAGGAGGCACAACAAGCUACAGAUGCCGAGGGUGCGUUUGCAAAGCCAGCCCUUGCGUUCUUUGCUAAUACAGUCCUCGCAGUGGCUAAAAAAUUGACUUUCUACAUCAACACAGGGAAUGCUGAGGCGUCUGUGAAUCAGAUCAAGAUACCUUGCACUACAAGCGGAGAUGACAAGGUAAACAUAAUCCUCAAAGGCCACAAAGACGAAAGCUGA